UCAGAAUCGCGAUAAAUUCGUUUUCUUUGGUUUCCUGGCAACCCCGCAUGAAUUGUCACAAAUUUACAUCGACUGAACAACUUUUUUCAUCGAGAUAGCAAAAAUGGUGCUCGAAAGUACUAUGAUCUGUGUGGAUAACAGCGAGUUCAUGCGAAAUGGAGAUUUCAUUCCUAGCCGACUUCAAGCCCAGCAAGAUGCCGUUAAUAUGGUUUGUCAUUCAAAAACAAGAUCUAACCCAGAAAAUAAUGUUGGUCUACUGACAUUGGCCAACACCAAGGUACUGGCAACAUUGACUACGGAUGCUGGGCGUAUACUAUCAAAGCUUCAUCAAGUGCAGCCAGAAGGCUCAAUCAAUCUCUUAACAGGAGUUAGAAUUGCCCAUCUUGCUCUUAAACAUCGGCAAGGAAAAAAUCAUCGCACUAGAAUUGUAGUUUUCAUAGGUUCCCCCCUGAAUUUCGAUGAAAAGGAAUUGAACAAAUUGGCCAGAAAACUGAAGAAAGAAAAAGUAAAUGUUGAUAUCAUUUGCUUUGGGGAGGAAAAUGGAGGAACUGAAGUGCUGGCUAGUUUUAUCAAUACUCUUAAUGGCAAAGAUGGCACUGGCAGUCAUUUAGUAACCAUUCCGCCCGGGCCCCAUCUUGCCGAUGCGCUGAUUUCCUCACCAGUCAUUCAAGGAGAAGAUGGUACAGGAGCGGUUGGAAUGGGGGCUGGAGGUUUUGAAUUUGUUGAUCCUAACGAAGAUCCUGAAUUAGCUCUUGCGUUACGAGUGUCGAUGGAGGAGCAACGUCAGCGUCAAGAGGACGAAGCCCGUCGUUCGGGAAAUCCGCCGGCUACAGAGCCCGCUGCAGCUACCGCUAUUGGCGGUGCCCCUGCUUCCAACGAAGAUGCUAUGCUCGAGCGUGCGUUGGCUAUGUCUAUGGAUCAACCAAGUGUCAAUACAACUGUAGCCAGUGCCGCCCCUGCAGCACCCGUUUAUCCCGAUUUCGCAACAAUGACUGAAGAGGAACAAAUUGCAUAUGCAAUGCAAAUGUCCAUGGCAGAAGCUCAGGGACCAGUUAAAACGGAAACCGAAGCUAUGGAAGUUGAACCUACGCCAGCAGCUGCGGCUAGUGAUGAUUACGAUGAAGUUAUGAAAGAUCCCGAAUUUCUUCAGAGUGUCCUAGAAACGCUUCCAGGUGUUGAUCCUUCAAGUGAUGCUGUACAAUCUGCCGUCGACGCUUUGCGAAACCAAGAUAAAGACAAAAAGCAAGGCAAAAAGCCUGACUCCAAGUAAACAGAUUGAUUUCUUACGCGUCGCGAAUGUUUGAUUCCGGAAUAAAUUGAUUUUCAUCUGUUCA